AUGGCGGAGGAGCGCGUGCAGGCUCUAGAGCAGCAGAUGAUAGCGCUGGCCCAGGAGCUGCAGAACCGCCAGCAGAGGGAGAACGAUCUCACGGCCGAGGUGCAGCGGCUCGGCCGUGUGGCCGAGGCUAGACCACGGGUGGGCGGGCCUGUGCCACAGCCUCGAGCCGAGUCGCUCGUGGACACCCGCACGCUGGGCAAGCCAGACGUGUUCACGGGCGAAGAGCACAAGUGGAACGAUUGGAAGGUGAUCUUCAAGGCGUACUGUGGCGUCGUGAACGCCGACUUGCUGGCAGGGAUGCGACUGGCAGAGAGCGCAGACGAGGCCUCAGUUCAGAACGAUGACUUCCUCGAGGAGAACAUGAGGCAGGCCUCGCAGCAGCUGUAUUACAUCUUGCUCCUCCUCUGCCGGCAGCAUCCCCUGACGACGAUCGUGAAUGCUGGCGAGAAUGAGGGCUUCCAGCUGCUGAAUCUCCUGAACUUCUCGUUCACUGGCGAUGUCGAGGACCGGCUGGCGCUGUUCGAGCGAGAGCUCCUCAGGUACGAGCAGAGGAGCGGCGAGGCCAUCGCAGCCUCCAUGAGGAUCGGCAUCGUCCUUCGGCAGCUCGAGGAAGGCCCUCUACGCCAGCACCUCUUGCUCAAUGCGACCAGGCUGGUGGAGUGGCAGGACUUCCGACGUGAGGUCACCGACGUCCGCCGUGCCCAGAGCGCCAUCGCCCCGGUGCCCGUGCCCAUGGACCUGAGCGCCAUGGAGCAGACGCUGGCUCGCAUCAACGCCUCCCAGUCGACGAGUACGACCGUGCCAUCGGCGGCCAGCUCUAUCUCGACGGCUGCGACUACGAGGCUGAGUCCGGCGACGGCGAUGUCCGGCACGAGCUCUCGACAGGUCGCAGCGCUCUACCUGAACGACGCGGACGAGCAGGUCAGCUACCCGUUCGCGAACCUCCACUCCCUCAGCAUCUACGACCCGGGGCCGGACAAGGCGGACGUGGUCGACUCUGCGACCGGCGCGGCCCUGGACCUGAACAUGAUCCACGGCAACUCGGAUGCGGAGGAGGUCGAGCUCAACGGCAUCUUGCGUGUGGGCAUCGACUCGUGUGCGGCGGCAUCGGUGCUGCCGCGUGGCUCGUGUGCGGACUACCCGGUGCACGAGGGCGGCCGGGCGAUCUCGUGCAAGACCGCCUCUGGCCACUACGUGAACGACGAGGGCGAGAAGAUCCUCGUGGGGACGAUGCCUGGGGCUUCUCAGGCACGCGCUGCCAAGUUCAGGGUGGCGGACGCCAGCAAGCCGUUGCUGAGCGUCGCGGAGAUGGUCGACUCUGGCCAUCGGCUCGUCUUCGACUCGGAGGGCGGGCAGGACAUUAGCUACGCGUACCACAAGACCAGCGGAGACGUUGUCAGGUUCUGCCGCAGGAAUAAGGUCUACGAGAUGGAUAUGCAUGUCGACCCGUGCGUGCCGGAGGUCUGCCCGGUCGAGGUGGCAGGCCACGAGCCUCCCGAGGGUGAAGCCGGCCAGCCAGGCGCGGCUCACGAGGAGGUCGCCGAGGGCCCGCCGGUGCGGCCGGCGAGGGGGCCCGCAGCGCCGACGGCGGCCGAGCGAGCCGCGCACGAGGUGCUGCACGAGCCCUACAGGGCAUGGUGCCGGGAGUGCGUCUCCGGCAGAGGCCUGUCAGCAGGCCAUCAGACGAAGGACCGCCAGGAGUCAGCGCUCGCGGUGGUUGGCAUCGACUACGGCUACCUCGGUGAACGAGAGGACGCUACGCCGCUGCUGAUCGGGAAAGAUUCGAAGCAGCGUUGGUUCCACGCGUCGGUGGUGCCAGCUAAGGGGGCGCAGCAUCCCUGGCCGGCAAAGUCGUGGUCCAGGGGGCUGGCUUCGGCUGGCCACAAGCGCUUCGUCUUCCGCUCAGACGGCGAGGCGCCGCUCGUCGCCCUGAAGACCCGCAUCGGGGCCAAGCUCAAGGAGGAGUACGGCAUCGAGACGGUGCCCGAGGAGAGCGCGGUCGGCGACUCUCAGGGCAACGGCCUGGCCGAGCACGCGGCGCGCGAGGUCAAGGCCAAGGUGAGGACGGUGCGGGCGCAGGUGGACGACCUCCACGGCGUGAGCAUUGGCGUCGAGAACCCAGUGACCCCGUGGAUGGUCGAGUUCGCAGCCAUGUCCAUCAACCUGGGCAGGCGGGGCGCUGACGGCCGCGCGGCUUGGGAACUUCGGCACGGCCGCCCCUUCAACAAGGACCUGGCUUGCUUCUCGGAGAAGGUCCUGUAUCUCCCAGGGGGCAAGCGCAAGGCUGGGAUCGAGGACAAGUUCCUCGCUGGGCUCUACCUGGGGCCCACGCUUCGGACGGACGAGGUCUACAUUGGCACGGAGUUGGGCGUACUGCGGGCCAGGACCUUCAAGCGGUUGACGGUCGGGCAGCGGGCCGACAAGGACCUGCUGAACAGCCUCGUGGGGAAGCCGUGGGCGCCGGUGCCGACGGACGUGGAGGUGGACGAGGUGCCGGUGGCCAUCGAGAUCCGAGCGCUGGUGCCAGCGCCGGUCGCGCCUUUGGGCGGACCUCUGGCGCCCAUCCCCGAGGCUGGGGACCUCCCGCCCUGGGCUCUCCGAGUCGGGCGACCACCAGCAGGGCCGCGGGCCGUCUACAUCAGGAAGGACGUCGAGAUCGCGAAGUACGGGCUCUCCCCGGGCUGCUACGGCUGCGCCGCGAUCCUCAACGGCGCCCGGGCGCAGGCUCACUCAGCCGAGUGCCGCGCUCGGAUCGAGCAGGCGAUGCAGGACGACGAGGAGGCAAAGCAGAGGCUCGAGGAUGCCCGUGAGCGGAAGCGGCAUCGCACUGACGUCGCCGGGCCUGUCUAUCAAGAGGGCGGCUCGUCAGGCAGCGGCGGUCCAGCCCCAGCUCAGCAGGUGCCGCCAGCACCCGAGGCCGCGGCGGCGGCUGACGUGGCGAUGGCUCCGGCACCACACGACCCUGGCGACGACAACAUGCAGGAGGAGAUCGGUGCCCUCCUGCUCUCUCUCGGCUACAGCGGGCGCAAGGCCGACGUGAUGGAGGUCUUCUGCCCGAAUAGGCUUGUGGGCUUUGCCCCCCUCUUCGGUCUGGUUCACGGCGGCUCGUUCGACCUGAGGGUUGGCUGGGACCUGACCGACCGCCAGCAGCAGCGACAGUGCCGGGAGCUGAUCGAGCACUUCGAGGUGUACUUCCUCUUGGGCAGUCCUCGCUGCGCGCCGUUCUCCAUGCUGAAGUACCUGAAUGAGGACACGGAGAAGCAGCGUGAGGCCUACGCCAUCGGGCUCGCCAAGAAGCCGACAGGGUGGAUGAGUAAUAACAAGGAGGUGUGGGAUGAGGUCUGCAAGCGCUGCCCCAAUGAUACUGGCAUUGGCAGCCGCCACGAGCAUUCCACCUUCGUCGGCCGCAACAUGCGUGUGGCGGAGAGGUACCCGGUCAAGCUCCUCCGCGCCAUCCUCCGUGGCCUCCGCGGUCACCUUAGCAACAAGAAGGUGCUCACGCUUUCGGCCCUGGAUGCUGGGCCGAACGUGGGCGAUGAGGAGAUCAGCCUGAAGGACUUCGUCGGGAAGUGGCGCGACACGCUGAGGACCGAGUUCUACGACGACCUCACCGGCCUCCCGCUGGACCCCGCGCGGGUGAAGGCCGCGAGGCGCCUGGAGAUGGAUUUCAUGGCGCAGCUUGGCGUGUGGGUCUACGCGAGGGAGGAGGACUGUCAGCGCGAGCUUGGACGGAGGCCUCUCAGUGGCCGCGUGCUACGCUUCCUGGACAUCUCGCGGGCACACCCGCACUGUGAGAUCAAGAGGACGGUCUACAUCAAGCUUCCAGAGGAGGAUCCGAUGUCGCAGGAGAUCGGUACGUGUGGGCUCUUGCGGAUGGCGCUCUACGGGACGCGCGACGCUGGCCAGAACUUCGAGCUCACGACUGCCGAGACGGUCAUCGGUGCUGGCUGCGACCAGUCGGCCUUCUCGCCUUGCGUGUACUGCCACAAGGACCUCCAGGUGAGCUUCUUCCACCACGGCGACGACUUCGUGCUCGAGGGCUCUCGGGGCGGGGCGGAGUCGAUCUGCGAGGCCCUGAAGACGAAGUUCAUCGUGAAGGACAGGGGCGUGCUCGGGCCGGCGCCUACCGACGCAAAGGAGAUCACGUGCCUCAACAGGGUAAUGCGCUGGCGAGACCGAUGGUGCCAAGGGGGCGAGGCCAUCGAGUACGAGGCGGAUCCCAGGCACGCGCAGCUUGGAAUGGACCCCCGCACCACGAAGUCAUUGAGUACGCCAGGGCUGAGCCAGAAGCUUACACCUGAGGUCGAGCGCGAGCUGAACGAGCACGAGGCGGCAGAGUACCGCAGUGCGUGCGUGAGGCUGGGCUACUUGGCGCUCGAUCGGCCAGAGGUGCAGUUCACGGCCAAGGAGUGCGCUCGCGGCAUGCAGAGGCCGACAGAGCGACACCUCCGCCUUCUGAAGCGCGCUGGACGCUUCUUGAUCGGGGCGCCGCGGGCCAUCUGGAAGUGGGGCCGACAGCGGGCACCCACAGUGAUGGACAUCUAUUCGGACACCGAUUGGGCAAGGCUGCCCGAUUACGCGGAGGAGCACCAGUUCGGUCGUGAUCAAACAUGGGCAGCACCUGAUCGUUACGGCAUCGACGACUCAGAUCCCCAUCUCCAUGACAGGGCCAUCGGCAUGCAGUCACUGUGCCAGGGCCUAGGCAGGGACGUGGGCCUUCGCAUCUGGAGCGACUCGGCAGCUGCUCUUGGCAUCAUGCAACGACGAGGCUGCGGCAAAGUCCGACACCUCGAGACGCCGACGCUGUGGGUGCAGAAGGCACUCAAGGACGGACGGUUUCAACUGGCUAAGGUUCCCGGGAAGUCGAACCCGGCGGACCUGGGGACGAAGUUCCUCGACCAGGCGGCAAUGCUCCGAGGGCUGGAGAUGAUGAGUGUCAAGCUCUCGGACGCGCCCCUCUCGAGUGCCCUUCAGGCGAAGGUCUGA